AUGUACCGCCUGUGCCGGCUGUCCCGGCCGCUGGCCCGGCUGUCCCGGCCGCUGGCCCCGCCGCUGGCCGCCGUCCCCCCGCGCUGCGCCCCCGGCCCCGCCUGGGCCGCGCUGCCGCCGGGCCCGGGCCCGCGCCGCGCCAACGCCAAGGACGCAGCUGAAACCCUCAAAAAGACAGCCACUGAUCCCAGUGCUGAAAACAAGAAACUCAACAAAUCCCAGCAGCUGAAACAAAUCUUUAAAGAAUAUGGUGCCGUCGGGGUUUCUUUCCAUGUUGGAAUUUCCUUAGUAUCUCUGGGAAUCUUCUACCUGGCUGUGUCAAGCGGUGUGGACAUGAGCGCGGUCCUGUUCAAGCUGGGUUUCAGCGAGGCCUCUCUGCAGUCCAGGAUGGCAGCUGGCACCAGCACCUUCGUGCUGGCCUAUGCUGUGCACAAGCUCUUCGCCCCCGUGCGCAUCAGCAUCACCGUGGUGUCCGUGCCCUUCAUCGUCCGCUACUGCCGCAAGGUCGGCUUCUUCAAACCCCCUGCCUCCAGCCCCUGAGCCCUUCCCGCCUGUCCGCUCUCCACGUAGCUCUGCAGGUGCAAAGCUUCUUUAAAGGACUCGUUUGGCUUCAGGUCGAUCUCAUCUUGCGUUUCUUAACUUGUUCUUUCAGGUAAAUGUCACUGUGAAAAGGGCUGUCCUUGUCUCCUUUCCGUUUUACCACUUAUUCUUAGGAAAAACCUGUUGAAAUGGGAUCUGGUUUGCACUUCAGGUGGGAAUAUAAAUGCUUGACAAGGAGAGCAGUUCUGGGUCUUUAUAAUCCAGCUUUUUUUAAUCCUCUUUUUUUUCUUUAAUCUUUUCAAAACAGAGUCAUAGCAUUCAUUUAUUACUGUGUAGGUGAGAAACUGAGAUUCUCUUUCCAGCAGAAUAAACAGUAUGUCACUGCACGGGUAGUUCUCUUGAUCAGGGUAUGUAUUGGAAUCUAAAGUGGCAGGUGGGUGUUUCUUGUGCUAGAAGAGGCUUUUAUUACAGCCCUUCUUGCAGUACAACACAGGCACUGAGCUCACUUCAGUAAGGGAACCCCUGUGAUUAAUUACUGCACUCGUAAUUGGUUUAGUCACAAUAAGUGAAGCACUGUUCUGAAACUAUGUGCAGUGCUUCCACCGUCCCAAGAUUUUAUUGUUGGAAAAUGUGCUGGCUGGGAGCCAGCCUUACUAAAGGGCUUUUGUUUUUUAAAUGUCUAUAGGACAGAAGAAAUCCCGAGUCUACUGAAAUCCAUGUAACCAGAAUCACCUGUGUGAACAUACUCCAAACAGCACCAAGGCACAGAGUAGCAGGAGGGGUUUAAUAUUUUGAGAUCUAGCCACGUACUGGAAACACUUUUUUUUUUAAUCUUAAAACCCCAGCAGCUUCCUUCUGUGGGUGAAA